GUUGGGAGUGGAAAGGGCGGUGGUGCUGCAGUGGGUGUGUUUGUGGCUUAACGUGUUCCUGCCUGUGGUCACAUGCAGUGGGGCAAGAGGAUGGCACUGGGGCUGGUGGAGUGCUGCUGGCCUGGGACCCACCUCCAGGUGGUGUCCAUGGGCUCUUGGCCUUGUGUCCAGGGGGAGAAGGGGACUCUGGGACCGUGCUGGUCCCACCGUGACCCAGUGGGGAUGUGUUGGCCACCCCUAGCAUCACCAACCCAACCUCUUCUCUGUGCCCAGCCCUGGAGGAGCCACGCGAGGGAGCAGAAGUGGCUUACAUCCCUGCCCUUCCAUGGGGCUGCGUCCCCAUGUCACCAUCCUGGUCGUACAUGGGCACAUCCUUGCAUCUCCAUCCACGUGCCAUUUGGGCACAGCAUCCCCACCCCUGCUCUUCCAGGCUCAGCAUCCCCAUCAUCAUGUCCCCAUCUCUGUCCCAGCUCAGCAUCCUGCUCCCUCCAUCCCCAGCCCUGUCUCACCACACUCCUUGACCCUGUCCCCAUGUCCCCAUCACCCGACUCACACCACUGUUUGCAGCUCGCAUUUGGGCAGCAGAGCCCCCCCCAAGUACUGUGCCCCGAUGCAUCCGUGCCUCGAAAGCAGAGGGGUGGCCAUCCUGCUCCCGCCCUGGCCCCCGUGUGUUUACAUUCACGCUCUGCUCUGAAUAUUUUCCACCUCGCUCAAUGUAAAUGUUUACGGUGAGGCUGCAGAGCCGGUGCAGCGGGGGCGGCGUGGUGGGGCCACCCCACAGCUGCUCUUCCAGGAUGAUGGCCUCCAUCCAUCUGCCAUCAAAGGGACAUGGUGCCACGCUCCUUGCUGGAGACACCGUGUAGGAUGGGAUGUCCCCAUGCCUCGAGCCACUACCGUGCAGGGCAGUGCCCAGGUUGGCUCCCAGGGCAAAUCCGUGCUUGGGGAUUGGUGCUGUGCAUGGCUGCUGCACACAGUGCUGUGCGUGGUGCUGUGCUGUGCAGUCUGCUAUGUGGCUCGCUGCUGUGCUGCCCACAAGGCCACGCACGCCGUGGUGCAGUCCUGCAGGAUGAGGUUCUCCCCCCAGCUAUUUUGCUGCCACAGCAAAGAGCAAACCCAACGGAGCAAAUUACAAGCAGAGCAAGGCCGAAAUUUCCCAAAUUGCUGGUUGGGCUCGGGACUGUGCCGAGCCGAGCCCUGUGGGCCCCCACCUUUCAUCUGCCCCAAAUUACACAGCACAGCCCGGGCGGGGCUGCUCUACCCAGUCCCCAAAAACAGCAUCGUAAUGGUGGGUGGGUGCUGGCAGCAGGGCCACCCCAAAUUGUGCUGUUUUCAGCCGGGGAGGGUGGCUCGGUGCUCCCCAGUGCUGCUUUGCCCCAAAUCCCAUCAUGGCCCCAUGAUCCUAGAAACGAGGAAUGGGGACACAUGGAAUGCAGUGAGGCCCUGGCUCCAUCCCAGCCUCUCCGCUCCCUUUUAGGAUUUUCAGAUAAUUUAAGGUCGGGAAAAGCAGCAGCUGCGAGCAGCCGGCGGGCUGCAGGCAGACAGACCACUGCAUUAUUUCUGGGAGCGAGGGGAUGACGCCGGGUGAAACCUGAACCAUGUCGGGGAUGGAAACGGGGAGAGGGACAGGAGCGGGGACACCCACCAUCGUCCCCCAGCCCGCUGUCCCAGUGCGGCGGCUUCUUAGGGGGAUUCUGGCAGGGUCCCCAGGGAGGCGGGAUGCAAAUAGCAAGGGGAUGAGGUCACUGCUUGAGUUACUUCAGCUGCAACGGAGGGGAUGGGGGGCUGAGCAGGGUGGGAUGGGGUGAUGCCCCCGUUCUGGAGCUGUUUCUGCACCUCAGUGCCACACUAUGAGCCCCCAAAAGUGUCAGGGAACCAAGACAGAAACCUUCCCCAUCUCUGUCCCUAUCUUGGUCCCCAUCCCCGUCCCUACCCCUAUGGAUCUCAGGGUGACACCUCCCCCUACCCCAGGGACAUAGCUCUGCAUGUGGGGCAUUGCCAUGGGAGGCUGGGGGGCUGUGAGAGUCUGGCCCCCAGGGAAAGGCCAGAGCUGAAAGGGGGUGGCAGAAGGGACAACUUUGGUGUGCAUGGUGGCACAUGGGUUGGAUGGGGCGGAUAAGAUGGGUGGAUGAAUGGGAUGGGCAGAUGGAUGGGACAGAUGGGAUGAAUGGGAUGGAAAGGACGGAUAGGACUGAUGGGAUGGAUGGUAUGAACCGGGCGGAUGGGGUGGAUGGGAUGGAUGGGGCAGGUGGGCAGAGCCCCGUGUGCGGUUCUGGUCCCUUUUGUCCCAGGGUAGAUGCAUCACCGCGCUUCACAGGACUGUGUGCCCUGUGCCCACAUCAUGGCAAGGCUUGGGUUUACAGGGACAGGAUCCAGCCCCAGGUUGGGCUGCAGCCAAAGGGAACUGUGUGGGGGCAAAUCUUACAUUUCGGGGCUGCACGUAGCCCUGAAGGAAUCACGCUGUUACCUUCAUCCCUUACAAUAACCUCCCCCUGGCACCCCCCUUUCCCUACUUACACCCUCCCUCACCGAGCAGCCCCCAGCCCCCAGUCCAGGGCCGCCCCUCUGGGAGGGGGCCAUGGUGGGCUGGGGGCCGCCUGUCUUUCACCAGCCUCCCCCUGCUCCCUCCCCAACACGGCCCUAAUGAGAACAAGCUGGUCCGCUGCGCUCACAGCCAGUGAGCUCAGGGCUGCGGCGGGUGGAGGAGGAGGAGGAAUAGAAGGAGGAGGAGGAGGAGGGAGCAGGACUAGGGCUCAGUGCAGACAGGCAGAGAAACGCUGGACAGACACGCAGUGCUGGUGAGGGCAAUGGCGGUGCGGCUGCCUGCGUGCCUUCUGCUGCUGUUGGUGUUUCUGGCUGCCCCAGUGCAAUUGGCAGCCCCACGGCAUGUGGCCGUGUUCCCCGAGCCCGGUGGUGGCAGUGGGGAUGGAGAGGAGGCCUCUGCUGUGCCUCCUGCCCAACCUGUGACGCCGGUGAGUGGCCCCACAGUGGGGGACGCAGUGGGGACGGCCAUCACCAACAGCUCGGCGCCGGGCAAUGUCUUGGAUGGGUUGGUGGAUUUCUUCAAGGAGUACAUGCUGCUGGUGGUCGUGGUGGGCUCGUUGGCCUUCGUCUUGCUCUUCAUCAUCUGCGCUGCCGUCAUUGUGAGGCAGAAGCACAAGGCCUCGGCCUACUACCCAUCCUCCUUCCCCAAAAAGAAGUACGUGGACCAACGGGACAAGACCGGAGGGCCCCGGUCCUUCAGCGAGGUGCCUGAGAAGGCUCCGGACCCCGACGCUGAGGAGCCCCUGGACUGUGGCCGCCAGCUGCAGGCUGACAUCUUGGCCGCGGCCCAGAGCCUCAAAUCUCCCACUAAAGCGCCAUUGGCCAACGGGGCUGGCACCCAUGGAGAGCACAAGAAGGGGGAGGAAGAAGGCAGCGAGAACCCUGUUGAGCCCCCUCCCCAGAAUCAAGAUGCUGAAGGAGUGGGGCCGGAGGCAACAAGCGCAGAGGGCAAGGAGGCCCAAGAUGGCUCUCCCAGCACCUAGUGCCAACCAUGGACUCUGAGCUGAGAUCCUGGCGGCCCUGCUCACCGCCCACCUGAACGUGGAGGCUCGAGGAAGCCCCGAUGAAGCCCCACUCCCCCUCCUUCACACCCCCCUGACCCUAUGCGGCCGUGGGAGGCCACUUCUGAGCCACUGUUGUGGUGCUCGGUGCAGCCAAACCCAUCGCUUGUGCUCUCCCCAUGGGCGCUUCCCCUGGAACCCCUCAAAAAAUGAAGAGAAAAGCCCGGGCUGGGUCUCCCCGCCGUCCUUGCACACCUUUCUCGCAGAUGUUAUUUUUGCUCAUUAUCGUAUCCUGGCCCCCACGCAGGCAACGGGGCAUGGAGGAACCAUGACCCCAUGACUUCAUGACCUGCUGGUAGUUCUGACCUUCUGUGGUGGCCUGGAGAUAUUGCAGCCCCCUUGGAUUGGGGAGGGGGAUGCGCUGCUCCCAUCCCACUCCUCCAAUGCCCCUCCCCCCCGCAGUGCCUGGCGGAGAUUUGAGGCAUUUUGGACGUGUUUUGGUGAGAAAAAGAAGGGAAAAUCUUAGCCAACCAUAGCAAGAGGGAAGAGGAUGCAGUGACAAUGCCCCCAUCCUUUUGUUUGUAUGCCCUGAAUGUCACAGACCCCUCGGAAAGCACAGUGAACGGAGCUCAGAGAGGAGCUAGAGUUUUGCCUUAUUUUCUUAACCCCCUUUGCUAUGAAUAAAGACAGUUACUACGCACA